AGAGAGCCCAAAAUUUCUAAUGAGACCCAAAGUUUCUCAAUUUUCGUAAGGGCAAAAAAGAAAAGUUUUUAGACCGUCCGAUUUUGAAUCCUUUAAUCUCUUCCAAGAAUUCUGAAUUCUUCUCUUCGUAGUCUUUGAAUCCUAAAGUAACAAUCUUUCGUUUCAGAGCACGUCUGUAAGAUGACAGAGGACAACGAUGAGGCUAGGGUUCCUCUCAGCGACUCGUCUACAACGAACGAUGCUUCUCGAACGAGACAAAGGAGAAAGAGAAAGUGGGAUAAGCCAGCGGAGCAACUUGUUGCGGCUGGAGUUGCGUUUCCUCAGUUACUUCCUUUAGGCAACACUAUGAAUGUUCCUUCUAUGUCACCAUUGCUCCAAACGCUUUCGGUGCCUCUAGCAGUUCCAAAAGUUAAUCAACCUAAAAUCCAGGAUGAGGUGAUCAUAGCGCGAGAAAUUGUUAUCAACGAUGCUGAGGCUUCUCUUAGGCACAGGCUUACCAAACGCUCAACUCAAGAAGAUAUUCAGAGGUCUACCGGUGCUGUGGUGAUUACUAGGGGCAAGUAUCGUCCUCCAAAUGCACCUCCUGAUGGUGAAAAGCCAUUAUAUCUUCACAUAUCUGCCGCUGCCCAGUUGCAGUUAAAAGAGACUACAGAACGUAUCUUAGCAGUUGAUCGUGCAGCAGCUAUGAUUGAGGAGAUGAUGAAACAGAAAUCAAUUUCACAGAUCGGAUCAGUUGGUUUACAGACGGUCAAGAUGCUGAGCACAUGCGUAUAUUUGGGUUUCGAAGCUGACCCAUCAUCUAAUGUUGCUGCUCGUAUUCGUGGGCCUAAUGAUCAGUAUAUAAAUCACAUUAUGAAUGAAACAGGAGCAACUGUUGUAUUAAGAGGGCGUGGUUCAGGAAGCCUUGAGAAUCAACAUGGAGAUGAAGCACAGCUACCGCUGCAUCUAUUAUUAUCCGGCAGCAACCCAAAGAGCAUCGACGAUGCAAAACGUUUAGCUGAGAAUCUUAUGGAUACAAUCAGUGUAGAAUUUGGGGCUUCAAGGGUUUCCUCAAGCAAGGUGUAUGGUGCAGUACCACCACCACAGCAACUGAUUUCUGGAGCUCCGGGUUCUGACCAGGAGAACCAAAAUUUGAUUUCAACGUAUGGUUUGAUGACAUCGAUACCCAUCACAGCACCACCAUACGCUGUUAGUUCGUUUCCAGUUACUCCAGCAACAAGUCUUUAUCCUCAGUUUCCAGUAAUGCAAUCUCUAGGAAUAUCAAAUGGUGGCCCCUCGCAGCCCGUGGCUGGAGGAACUAGCUAUAGUGGGUAUGCUGGAAUAUACCCUCAAGCCACACCAUUGCAACAAGUUGCUCAAGUCCUUAAGCAAUCAAUUUCUCCUGUUAUCUCUACUGUGCCCCCUACUAUGUUGACAGCUACGUCCUUAUCGAUCCCAAGUGAUAAUGCAAGUAAUGAAAUGGAAAGGCGUCCACCCCGGAAGCGAAAGUUUCAGGAACUUCCAGCUGAUUGUAAGGUUCCAGAAAAAGACAAACAGGUAAAAAACAUUCUGUAUCCGCGGUGAUUUUGACGAAGAAAUACAUGGAUUGAACCCUGGGGUCUUCCUUAACUAAGUAACCAUGAUAAAAAUUUGUGCUUAGGGUUGUUUGUAAAUAACUGGGGUCUUCCAUAAGUAAGUAACAAUGAGAAAACUUGUGCUUAGGGUUGUUUGAAAUAAAAUUUUGCCAGUAUUGUCAGGUAAGUGUUUUUCAUAGACAAAUGAUUAAAUACUUUGGGUAGAAUGAGAAAAGGUAAAGUUUUUUGCUACCCUCACUAGGCUUAGCAUGCAUCUUCUUAAGCAUGUCAUAUGUGCACAUCUGCGUCUAACAGUAUUAAACCUGUUUAUGAAAUAUUUUUACUGGGGAUUCAAAAUAUAUCAUGAGAUUGUAAUGAGGAUCAUGAAAAUUCAUGGUUUCUAAUACUUUCUUUCAGUUUCCGUGUCAUGUAUUUUAUCUUGUGCUGAUUUUUUCCCCUUACUAUUCCAGGUAUUUUUCUGAACUUCUAAGAAGCUAACUAGCUGAUUCUGGACCCGUGGGCCAUUGGUUUGCAUUUUUCACAGGGUAUUUUUGAUAUUGGAGGCACCAUGUGGUUUGGAGUCAUUUUCGCUUCAACUUGGCGAUCAGAAUCAAAUUUUAUUCAGACUUUUAACGACUUGUCGUGUCCCUUGUGUGCAUUGCAUAAUCUAGUGUAUCUGCACUUUAGUACCUUGCAUUUAAGUUGGCAUUACUGACAUCUACUAUUACCCUUAUCCAUUGUGUAAUAGCCUCAUUCUUUUCCGUAGAUGGAAUUCUGUGCUUGAUAUAGCAGUCACAUGUCUCUUAAUGCAUGUAGUUAGAGAGAAUAAUUAACAUUUGAUUGACCAGUAUAAACAUAUCUUAGGCUGUCGUUAGUACCGAGCAGCUAUGUAUCUUCUGAUCUUGUAGGAUAUUAGUGAGCUUGUGACUGUUUGAAUGAAAAUGUUUGUUUGAAUUAAUUUUGGGCAUGAAUGUUCUUGUAAAUGUUUACAUUUACCAAACUCGUCUCCAUGAUUUAGCAUUCGGGUACAUUUUUCUUGGAUUUGAAAGUGUUCACAUUACUCUCUAGGCUUUUAGGAAUACCAUCUGUUCAUAGUUUAUAUAUAUGCAGUCACUUUUAUCCGCCAAAACGUCUAACUGUUGUAGUGUAUAUGCCGAUGAAUGUUUUAAUUCUAUCAUAUGUUGCAGCAAUCGGAGUUAGCAAUGACAGGUGAUGUUACUCCAUCAGCAAAUAGAGUGCGGUCGCCGCCUUCACCAAGAUCUGUAAUGCCUCCUCCUCCACCAAAGACCAUCGCACCACCGCCUUCUAAGACCAUGUCUCCUCCAUCAUCAAAAAGCAUGCUUCCUCCACCACCACGUUCUAAGACCAUGUCUCCUCUAUCAUCAAAAAGCAUGCUUCCUCCACCACCGCGAUUUACACUGACAACUCAACGUUCAAGAUUACAGGACAACCACAUCAGUGUAAAGAAACCAAAUCCAGUUCCAGAUACGUUAAUAAAGCUGAUGGAAUAUGGAGACGAUGAAGACGAUGAUGACGAUCCUGAUGAGCCAUUGACAACUAGAUCGUGACAGUGUAUUAGAUUACAGAACCUUCUUAUCUGGCAACAAAAUGUCAAUUUGUGUUUGUAACAAUAGAAAGAAAUGUUGGUCUCUUACUGAUUUGGAACUUCAUUGCCUAAGGCUAUUAGUUAAAUAUUUAAGACAUUAGCUACUUGUUUUGCAAGGCACUGCUCGUUUUGUUGUAUUUCUUAUCAUUAAUACAUAAUGGUUAACCAAUUCCUAGUUAUACAUUCCUAUAAUUAUAUUUGGGAAAAAACCC